CUAACGUAUUCCACCGCCUCCUUCCUUUUCACUCUCCUUGUCCCGCUCGCCAUUCCGCCGCUCCUUCGGAUUCCGCCGCCACGAUCGCCAUUUCUCCGUCGACUGCCAGCAAAUAUCGCCGCCUUGCCACAUCCCUCGCCGGUCGUCCUCACCGGUCGCCCUCGCCGCUGCUUCCAGACUCCAUUCAUUUCCUCAUAGCGUGACGGCCCGAAGCAUUGCCCAGCAUGUUGUCAUCACACACUGCCAUCACCGCCUCAUUGGUGGAGACCAGGAAUGCCCAUGGGGUCUGUUGCAGUAGACUCGUUGCCUUUGCCUACCGCUACUUUUCGCUUCCGCAACUUCUCUCGGCGCCUCCCCACCGCUACCAUUACGACACUUCCUUUUAAUGAGCUACUUUCGUGUUACUUCUAGAAGUCUUGAUUUGUUGAGAAGAGCUAGGGUGUUUGUCUCUGCAAUGAGCAACGAGAUUGUGCCAAUGUCUUCGCCCUUGGAAGCGCCAACUACGAGCAGGAAUAUAAAGCGAGUUGGAAGCGUUAAACAACAGCUUUCAAGAUUGGUGAAAGAAUCCCUUGAAUCGUUAUUCCCAGAUGAAGUUCAGCCCAUUGUUGCGGCUUGCCAAGCAAAGUUCGGUGAUUAUCAAUGCAACAAUGCAAUGGUAAUUUGGUCACAAUUGAAGGGGAAAGCAACCCAGUUCAAGAAUCCCAAUUCCAUUGGCCAGGCAAUUGCCAAAAAUCUUCCUGAAUCUGAGAUGAUUGAAUCUACCUCUGUUGCUGGACCUGGAUUUGUAAAUAUAGAAUUGUCAAACAAGUGGAUAUCUAAGCAUAUUCAAAACAUGUUGGUAAAUGGCAUUGAGCAAUGGGCACCAAUACUUUCUGUUAGACGAGCAGUGGUAGACUUCUCAUCACCUAAUAUUGCAAAGGAAAUGCAUGUUGGUCACUUAAGAUCCACGAUUAUUGGUGACACUUUAGCUCGUAUGUUGGAGUUUUCAAAUGUGGAAGUCCUCCGAAGGAAUCAUGUUGGUGAUUGGGGUACACAGUUUGGCAUGCUAAUUGAAUAUUUGUUUGAACAAUUUCCAAAUUGGGAGGAUGCUGGGGAUCAAGCUAUUGGUGACCUUCAGGCUUUUUACAAGGCAUCAAAGAAAAAGUUUGAUGACGAUCCAGAUUUCAAGGCAAGGGCACAACAAGCUGUUGUGAAAUUGCAGAGCGGGGAAGGCAAAUAUAGGCAUGCUUGGCAAAAGAUAUGUGAAAUCAGCAGAAAAGAAUUUGAUUUGGUUUAUCAACGUCUUAACGUCCAAUUGGAAGAAAAGGGCGAGAGCUUUUAUAAUCCUUACAUCAGAGGGGUUUUGGAAGAGUUUGAAAGAAACAAUCUUAUUAAGGAAAGUGAAGGUGCACGUGUGGUGGAGAUUGAUGGGUAUGACAUUCCUUUGAUUGUUGUGAAGAAAGACGGUGGAUACAACUAUGCCUCUACUGACCUGACUUGCCUGUGGUACCGGCUAAAGGAAGAGAAAGCUGAGUGGAUUAUUUACGUUACUGAUGUUGGUCAGCAGCAACAUUUCCAUAUGUUUUUCAGUGCUGCUAGAUUAAUUGGUUGGCUUCCAGCUUCUAAAGAUGCAUAUCCAAAGGUUAGUCAUGUGGGAUUAGGUUUGGUUCUUGGAUCAGACGGAAAACGUUUUCGAACUCGUAGCUCAGAAGUUGUCCGUUUGGUUGAGUUACUUGAUGAAGCUAAAGAUCGCAGCAGAGCUGAAUUGAUAAAGCGGCUUGAGGACAAUGGUAAAAUUACUGAUUGGACAGAUGCUGAGCUUGAGAGUACUGCUGAAGCAGUUGGUUAUGGUGCUAUCAAAUAUGCAGACCUGAAGAACAAUCGCUUGACGAACUAUACAUUUAGUUUUGAUCAGAUGCUGAAUGACAAGGGAAAUACUGCUGUCUACCUUUUGUAUGCACAUGCUCGGAUAUGCUCCAUUAUUAAUAAAUCCAGCAAAGACAUAGAAGAAUUAAAGAAGAUUGGAAAAAUUGUGCUGGAUCAUGUUGAUGAGCGAGCCUUGGGGCUUCAUUUGAUUCAAUUUGCAGAGAUAGUCGAGGAGGCAUGUGCCAAUCUGCUUCCCAAUGUUUUGUGCGAGUAUCUAUACAAUUUAUCUGAGAUGUUCACCGGGUUCUACACUAGUUGUCAGGUGAUUGGAUCAGAGCAAGAAGAAAGCAGAUUGUUAUUAUGUGAAGCCACUGCCAUCGUGAUGAGGAAGUGCUUCCAUCUCCUUGGAAUCACGCCAGUUUAUAGAAUUUAACAUGAAUCCAGUCCACUGCAGUGUAACUUUUUCAUAGGGACUUCAAAAAAUCGAACAGGAUUUCUGGUAAGUAUUUAUUGUAAUGCUUUGCAAUUUCUUGGAAGAAUUUAUGGCAAUGGGCUUUUUUUUUUUUCAAAAAAAAAGAAAAACCAAUUAUACAAAAUCAAAAACCGGGUUGGAUGGUUUGGUCCUUCAUGGUCUCUCUGUUACAGGGCUCUUUGUUUUCUUCUUGUAAUAGCAAAACUAUGAAUUGGAUGCGUAAGUUCAAAUAGUUUCUUUUAUUUUAUUUUUUAA